UUAUCUAUUCUUAUCGCAACAAACAUAACCCUAACCUCUAUUUUUAUUAUAAUAAAACACCCCUUAUCAAUAGGAUCAAUUUUAUUAUUACAAACCAUUACAAUCAGAUUAACCACAGGAUUCAUAAAUCAAAAUAUAUGAUUUUCUUACAUUCUAUUCUUAAUUAUAAUUGGUGGGAUACUCAUUCUUUUUAUAUAUAUAACAAGAAUUGCAUCAAACGAAAAAUUUAAAACAAAUCUUAAGAUUUUAAUAAUUAUUACCCCUUUACCCAUUAUUGCCUGACUAACAUCCUAUAUUAAUAAAUUAUUAAUCUCAAACAACGAACUCUUAAUUUUUAAUCAAAAAACCGAAUUCAUAUUAACAAUCAAUAAAUUCAUCAAUUUUCCAUUAAGAAUAAUUCUAUUAUUCAUAAUAUUUUACCUCCUACUAGCUUUAAUUGCCACAGUCAAAAUUACCAAUUUCAAACAAGGAUCCAUCCGUCAAAUAAACUAAUGAAAAAAGCAAUACGUAAAUAUUCCCCUCUCUUCAAAAUCGUAAAUAAUUCUCUAAUCGAUCUUCCUACUCCUUCUAAUAUUUCCCUUUUGUGAAACUAUGGAUCCCUACUAGGAGUUUGUUUAGGAGUUCAAAUUAUUACAGGUGUAUUUUUAGCAAUACAUUAUUGCCCUAAUAUCGAAAUAGCUUUCAAUAGAGUAGCCCAUAUUUGUCGAGACGUCAAUCAAGGAUGAUUAAUACGAACACUUCACGCUAACGGAGCGUCCUUUUUUUUCAUCUGUAUUUACAUACACGUUGGACGAGGAAUAUAUUAUGGUUCAUAUAACCUACUUCACACUUGAAUAGUAGGAGUAACAAUUUUAUUCCUAGUAAUAGCAACUGCAUUCCUGGGAUACGUUCUUCCAUGAGGACAAAUAUCAUUUUGAGGGGCAACCGUAAUUACAAAUCUUCUAUCAGCAAUCCCUUACCUAGGAUCUACUAUUGUACAAUGAGUAUGAGGAGGCUUCGCAGUAGACAAUGCCACCUUGACACGAUUCUUUUCAUUCCACUUCCUUUUACCCUUUAUUAUUGCAGCCAUAGUUAUAAUUCAUCUUUUAUUCCUUCACCAAACAGGAUCCAAUAACCCUCUAGGACUUAAUAGAAACAUUGACAAAAUUCCCUUCCACCCCUAUUUUUCAUACAAGGACGUAAUAGGAUUUCUUCUUAUAUUAUUAACUCUUACUGCACUUUCACUUCUUCAUCCUUAUAUAUUAGGAGAUCCAGACAAUUUCACACCAGCUAACCCCCUUGUUACCCCCGUUCAUAUUCAACCAGAAUGAUAUUUUUUAUUUGCCUAUGCAAUUCUCCGUUCAAUUCCUAACAAACUAGGAGGAGUAAUCGCCUUAGCAAUAUCAAUUGCCAUCCUUUACAUCCUACCCUUCACAAACAAAAAAAAAUUCACAAGAAGGCAGUUCUAUCCCUUAAACAAAACUCUUUUUUGAUCAAUAGUAUCAAUAGUAAUCCUAUUAACUUGAAUUGGAGCCCGACCUGUAGAAGACCCUUACAUUAUUACAGGACAAACCCUUACUGUCCUAUACUUUCUAUAUUACAUUAUUAACCCUUUAACAUUCAAAAUUUGAGACAAAAUUAUUAAUUAA